AUGUCAUAUGAACAAAGAGAUGAAGAGAUGGGGAAGUGUAGAGAUGCACAUCAGCAAAGAGAUGAAGAUGCUAACGUAGGGGUACGGAAUCAAGUUGACACACUAUCACAUCACUUGAGUUUGACAAGAAAAUCAUCAGAAAUGUUUGUUGUGGAGAAUCUUCUUCAGUUUCCAGAUUCUGUUACAAGCAGUAUUAGAGCAAAGAGAGGCUUUGCAAGACAUCCUAGAAGCCUUGCCAAGAGGGUGAGAAGAACUCGGAUAAAUGAACGAAUGAGAAAAUUGCAAGAGGUCGUUUUAAACAUUGAUAAGAAUACGUCGGCUGAUGAGAACGGUGAAUGUGCUGCGGCUAGUGUGCAUCCACAACCUAUUGCUGACCCAAUAUGGAGGGGAUGUUUGAAGGUUUCAAACAUUGGAAAAGUCAUUGAACUAAUGGGACAUUUGUCUACUUUAGCAUGCCCUAAAGUUCAUGAAGAGGCUAGAUAUCUCCCUAAUAUGAUUUCUGCAAACUUCCUUCAAAAAUCAACCGUGUGGCCUGAAAGUUUCAAGAAUUCUGGUACGAAUAACUUCAGCAUUGGAAUUUAUUUCCUUUCUCCUCAUAAUCCAAGUGUUGAUGGAUCAUUUGACGAGCUGGUGGAAGAAAUGAUUAGUGAUAAACUUGCCAUAAAGGUUGGGGUUGUAAAUGCUGAUCUUUUAAUUUUUCCUUCUACAGAUCUCCCAAGUGAAUAUAGAACAUUUCAAUCAAGGUAUUAUUUAUGGGGAGUUUUUAGAAGAAAGCAAACUUCAAUCAAGAAUAAUUAUAUUGAUUACAAAAUAGAGAAGAGGAAAUUGUACUUUCCACGAUAG